CAUCCGACGGUACUUUAUUGAUCAGCUCAAGGAACAAGUCUUUUGACUAAACAGCUGAGACCUUGCUGACCUUGUCAAUAUGCAUGCCGAGACUUAAUUUGUGUCAGAUAUUCCUACUAAUUCUGGGACAUCAACAAGCAGCGCCCUAAUAAAUAGUAGUGGUUAAUCCAUCCAUCUGUCACCGCUUUCCUCUCACAAUUCUGGUUCCGUAUGGAAACUAUCUACCCUCACACAACCUCAAAUAUUUAUCCAACCCAGCCAUACUCGGGAUUUUUCGAAUAAACCCCUUAACAUACCUCCCUAAUAACCCGAACACCAAACACCAAACCCACAAUGUCUUUCCUCAACACAACCGCCACAGUAACCCACACCACCCGCUUCCCGCGAGGCCGGACCCGCGCCCAGGCCAUCGCCAUGCUCUCCGACCACCAGUUCUUCCUAUCAUGCGACCCCCACAUGACCAAGUCCGAGCUGAUCCCGCAAGCGGAGCACGCCACCCUCACCCCUCCCCCGGCCGUGCCGGACUACGUCAAAACCGAGCUCCGCGCCCGGCCCCAACCCCAGUCUGGUUCUGAACCCUCCCAGGAUGGCGAGGCGGGUGGGGAGGCAGCGGCGGAAACGGUGCCCGAAUGCUACCGCGUCACGGACAUCGUGCACGCCAUCCCCGCGGGGAUAUGGGAUACCAAUGUGGUUAGUAUCUUUGAGCUUACGGAUAUUGAGGACGGGCUGUUUGUGCGGAUCAGGAGCCCGCUGUCGAUUGUGAUGGAGACGUUUUGGCGGGUGAGGGAGGUUGCUGGUGCUGAGGAGGGAGAGGGAGGGGGUGAUGAUGAUGAUGAUGGUGAGGCGGGCCCGGGGUUGGAGCUGGUGGAGGAUGUUACGAUAAGGUGCUCGAGGUUGUUGGUGGGGAUUGUGAAGGGGCAGUGUGAGACUGAUUGGGAGGGGAUUCAUGGGAAGAUGGUUGCGAGGUUGGAUGGGGAGGGGGGGAAAUAGGGUGAGAAAUAGGGGGUGUGGAAGUCCUAGCCCAGGGUGGGUGGUCCUCGAUGCACUUUUUGGGUGAUGGUCUUGGGAGGGAAGUAGCAAGUGGGGAUGCUUGUGAGGACGUGCUGGGCGUAAAUUCAUGACAAAAGCUGGACGCUGGUCAUUUCCAUGAUGAUAUUUCCAGGAAGUUGGUCUUGUGCUGGAUUUAGUAGUCGUCGCAAGUAGAUGUGAGGAGAUGGGAUGGACGCAUCAUCCUAUGUAACUAAAAUGGAGAACCGUCUCGUCUCAACUUUGGUGAUAAAGCGAUUAAAGGUCAUAAAGAACUGUAACAAACUGAAAGGUACACAUCAUUGGGAAAUAUUGUCAUGAAGUCCCACCAGCAAAGUGAAAGGUUUCCAAUACACUGAUGAUCAUAGAACUCAACACAAGGAAAAGUCGAGGUCCGGCGGCCAGCGUGAUGGAACUCCAAAAGAUUGAAAAGUUCACGUUUCAGUGCC